UCGCCAAGUAUCACGCAUAAGCGCCCGCUGUACUAUAAAAAGUACGGCUCCAAAAAGUUAUUUUUAUUUUUUACAUUUUGUUUUUAACAUUACAAUGUGUCUUUAUAGUCCAUAAGUACCCUAUUAAUAAAGCUAUAUUACUAAAAAUAUUAUUCGUUUUAAUUUGGGCGCUAAUGGGUUAAUUAUAAAAUCAAAUACAUCACUAAAAAGGUCUUAUAAAAAUGUUAGGUGUACAAUAUUUUUAAAUAUCCAAAUUCUUGACAGAGUUCCUUUUGACAUGUCAUCCAUUUUCUUUCAAAAUUAUUUUUGGUUAAAUAUCAAGAAUUUCAAAAUUAAAUCGUGUAACUGAUAAUUAUAAAACAGGCAAUUCUUUUUUGUUUCUUUUUGUUGAAAAAAAACGGUAGAGGCAGUAUUAGGUAAAAUUAUCAGUAUAAUUUUUAUAUCAACACUGUUGAAUUGAACUACAAUAAUUAUUUUAACAUUAAAUCGUGGGUUUACGAAUUCUAGUGACUUAAGUUCACAUUUAAAAAGACAUGAUUGUUUUCUUUUAACUUCCACAAUAACCCUCAAAGUUAAAUACAAUUUAUAUAAAACUUUGAAUACAAAAUCAAAUAAUAAAUCCAUUGGAUAUAUUUUUAGUUCAUCUUACUCAGACAGGCAGGCACAGCAGAGGAUUUUAUAAUAUUCAGUGAUACAAAAAUGGUGCCAAUUCUGUUGUACCACUCUAAAUCGAUAUAAAAAGUCAUAUUUUAAUUACAUGUAAUUAAGGAAUUCUGUACUCAUGUAUAUGUAAUAAGUAUUUUUCUGUCAUUUUCAUAAUUUAUUGAAAACGCAGUUUGACAGAAUAAAAACUUUAAUUACUCCAGUUUGUGUAACCCUUCUAAAGUAUUGUCGUCUUAGCGGUUUAGUUAAAGACAUUGUCUAACUUAAACUUUAUUCUUAACCGUUUUGUCUUCAAUGUUUGGUGAAUUAAAGACAUAUUUUUUGUAUUACUUUAGAAUUUAUUUAUCUAUUACUGAUUCUUGUUUUACAGCUGCUACUACUACUGCAGCUACUGGAAUUACAGCUCUCGGCAAGUCUAGCGCAUUGACAAUGCCAUCAUUAACCAAUGCCACUACCACGACGGCAGCCGCCCCACCAGCGGCUAUAUCGUCCAUCACUUUCGCACAGCUAGAAGAGAACAUCAACAAAUGGACUCUAGACUUGGAAGAGCAAGAAAAAACAUUUAUAAACCAAGCUACUCAAAUCAACGCGUGGGAUCGACUGCUCAUAGCGAAUGGAGAAAAGAUAGUAGAAUUAAACGACGCAGUGCAGUCGGUGAAAAACGAACAGGAAGGCUUAGAACACGAAUUGGAUUUCGUUUUAGCACAACAGAAAGAAUUAGAAGAAUUAUUAGCACCCCUUGAGAAGCAAUUACACGAUGCGCCGGACAGAUUACGAGACCCCGAGAGGGAACAUAUGUAUUCACUGGCUGAGAAUCUAGAUUCACAACUUAGGCAGAUGUCAGAAGACCUGAAAGAGGUUAUUGAACAUUUGAACGAAACUAAUAGAAGUCAAGACAGUAACGACCCGGUAAGUGAAAAAUAUUAUAUUAAUAUAUAAUAAAUACAAAUUUUACCAACCGCCUGUUUAGAACGCUUUUAACUUUCGUUUCUAUAGGCGAGGGAAGUAAUCACUCGAGAAUAUGUCAUAAGUUAAUCAGAUAUUUUUACCAAAUAAGAAUUUGUAUGAAGUUAGAAAUAUGAAUAGCUAGAAUUUUCAGAUAGAAAAUUAUUACUUAAUUUAAAUUCUCAUCUAUUGUUUUAAAUAUUUACUCAAGUUGGGACAUUUCCUCAAGUAUUACUUCUAUCGACAAUAUUUACAAAUGUAAUAAUAAUUGAAGGAACAAAAGCAAAUUAAAAAACUGAUCUAUAUUUUAGCAAUCUUAUGUUGUUGAUAUUAAUUUUAUAUAUUUAGAAACAUACUGCCAAGGUGUAAAUGGGAUUUAGAUUUGGCUUUGGAAACUAUUGAAUCGGUGCACUCAACAUUCAAUGCAGUAUUGAGUUAUGCAGCAGUUUAAUGUCAUGUUUUGAACAGCAAAUAAACAUAAACAGUGUAUAUUAUAAACUAUUUACAUUACAGAUAGUCCAAAUUGGUCGUAUACUGAACGCUCACAUGUCGUCUAUGCAGUGGAUAGACAACUCGAUUGCACAGAUUUCAACGAAAUUAGAUCAACUGAAGGCGACACACGAUACACUAAGAAGGGACAACGAGAGAUCCUUCCAAUUAACAUAUAACUGAUUUAAAUAGAAAUGUUGACUGAUUUUACACACCGUAUCAGUACAUACCAAGUGUUUAAUUUACAAGAAUAAAUAUUUCAACAACUUAUCAAGAAUUACAUUUUAAGUUUUGGUAAAUUACUAAUUUUUAAUAUUAUAUUAUCACCACUAUCAUAAGUGAUCAUAUAAUGUUAAAG